AUGGCAGUGAAUACAGACAGCAUCAGCCGCCAUGCGCUUGGGCUUAGUCCCACGACAAGUGAAUAUCCCUACCAGGGCAUGCAACACUUCCGGGACAUCGUCUACAAAGAAGCAGCAGAAUCCAAACACGACUACGUGAUCUUUUCCAAUAUCGACGAACAUACCUUCCUACGAGAUUUCGACGAGUCUCUAGGGAAUUCAUACAGCGAUUUCUUUCCGCAGGUUCGCAUCCUUGUUGCUAGAAUGCCUGCCAGCGAAGUUCACGAAGAGGCGCACGCCGAGCUCGACAAAACACUUAUGAUUAAGCUCGGGGCCAUGAAUGUCCACUCUCAGCUGCGGUCGCUCAGAGGGGCCGAUGUGGUGACUCCCACACGAACUAAGAAGCCCGACGAGUCAUACAAGCCUGUGAAGUUCCCAGCUGGUUACUCCGGUCACUGGCCAUCUAUGGUGAUCGAGACUGCGUUCUCAGAGAGUCGGAGCAAACUGGCCAAUGAUGCGCGCUGGUGGCUGAACGCUUCCGGGGGAGAAUUGAAGACUGUUAUCACCAUUGCAGUCCAGAAGAAAAGGGAGGCCAUCACCAUUGACAAAUGGGAGGCGAUCAGCCGGCCCACAAGAGGCGACCCGGGGAAGAUGGUGCCUGAGGUUGUUCAGAAGGUGACUAUGACAAGGGAGGGAGGUGAUGCCCCAGUGCAUAUCACUGGGGCUCCCCUGAUCAUAGGGUUUGAGAAGCUGUUCCUGCGGCCUGCCGAGGAGGAGAAAAGGGAGGGGGACGUGCUCUUUAGUGACGAUAAUUUGGCCGAGAUUGCCGACUUGGUGUGGAAUGGCCUCAAUACGGGUAACUAA